CAGUUUCCAUAAUUAGAAACAAUUAAGUCAACCAUCAGACUAUUUUCUUUGCUACAUCACAGAAAAUCUUCUGUGGGGAAAAAAUAGACAAUCUUUUAUCUUUUUCACAGGAGUUGGAGAAAGAAAUAUCUCAAAGUCCUGACUGUACUCAUUCAACUUCUACAACUGACAACACAGAACAGAUCAGAGCUGAAAAUGACCAGGAUCAGAUGACAACCAGUGUCCCAAACAAGACAGAUUCAGUCCUGGAUUCACUCCCCAUCAAUUCAGAGUGUCAAAAACAUCACCUGAUGUGCACAACAUUAUCUUCUUUGGAGAAGUGUACUCAGUGUUUUGGUCCUUGAUCUUCAUUCAAGUGGGUUGGCUACCAGUGUAAAGCAGGUGUGGAUUUACAUGAUGUCGAUGCAUCGCUGCUCCUCAAGCUUUAAGUCCAAAGUGUGUUUGAGCUCCGACACUGAAACCUGCAUCAGGAUGAGGUCUCCAGUAGCUCUGAUGGUUGUGUUGGGUUUUCUCACUCGGGCAUCAUCUGCCAAUAAUUUUCUGACUCAGUCUGAACGAUCAAAGUCAGUCAGUGUUGGAGCGACUGUGACCAUCAGGGAAGUUCGGAUAUUGGUUCUGAUCUCAGUUGAUACUUGCAGAAACCUGGAAAGCCUCUAAACUUCUUAUAUAUCAGGCUUCAAGUCGGUUCUCAGGAACUCCAUCUAGAUUCAGCGGCAGUACAUCUGGUUCCGAUUACACUUUAACCAUCAGUGGUUUUCAGGCUGAAGAUACUGGAGAUUAUUACUGUCUGGGUUACCAUGGUAACAACGCAUUCACACAGUGAUUUAUGGUCAUACAAAAACCUCCUUCAGUCUGACUGAAGGCUGCAGGUGCAGAGAAAUGAUGGGAACUGGUUCAGUGAACACAUCACAGAAGUUACCAAGUAAAACCAUCAAAUAUCUAAGGUUCAAAUCACCAACUAUAGAUUAUUUGAAAUUACUUUAUAAAUAUGGAUUAUUAAGUUUCUAAUGUUUUGCCUCACAAACACUAAAGAGUCUUUAGUUUUUACCUAAAGGCUUUUACAUAUGCAGGUUUCUAAAACGUUUUAGAAACUUUAAAGAACUGAAGAUGACAUGACGUUUGAAUGUAAACAAGAAUAAAGAGUGAGAUAUGUGGUGGUGGAAUGAUGUCACACCACCAGCAAAGGAAGAUUCUGUGAUGUCACUGGCAGUGCUGUCUGUGAUGUCAUAAACUGCAGAAUUGUAUGUAACACAAUUCUGCAUAUUUUUCAUUGCUUGCAAUAUCACUGACUAAUUCAGACGUGCGCAAAGCUCUUUCAGAUAGUUUAAAAUCAACGAUUUUAGUAAUUGCAUUUUAGAGAAAAUGUCUGAUACCCCAAGAUACGGCAGUGGAGAGAUGGAGCCCCAUCUCUCCAACCCUGAAGACCUGUUCACACCUGCAUACGAUGCCUUGCUUGAGGAAAUCCAACAACUGAGCUCCCUUCUGGAGAUUGAGAUCGCUGGACGGUGUGAAGACAACAAGAAACGGGCCCACCUGGAGGCAGAGCUGGAAGAGACCAAGCAAGAGUUAGAAAGGGAGAAAGCAAAGUGGAAUCAGCAGCUAAAGUGCAAAUAUGAAAUUGAUAUUAUGGUGUUACAGGAACGUAUAAUUGAGGAGAGAAAAGACCAUCUAAAGAAAUCAGAGGAAGACAUGGCACUGAUUGACAACCUAAGAGCAACAAAUGCUGUUCUCCAGGAAAACCAAACCAAAGAAAUCCAAUUCCUGCAAGGAGAUAAGAAACGUUUGCAGAAAAAAUUUAAUGAUAUGAAACAUUCCUACCAUGAAUUUAUCGGCAAGUACGAAAGUGAUGUUUCUGAACUGAAUCGAGAAGUAGAAAGAUAUAAGCAGGAGGUUAGCCAGCUGAAAUAUGCCAACUUGGAGACAGUUGAGGAGAAUCAGAAACUUAUCAAUGACCUGAGAGCUGAAAAGGAGGAGCUCUUACAAAAUAUGACAGGAGAGAUCACAAUUCUGAACAAAAGGGAAAAGUACAUUCUUAAUGAACUCGAUCAAGUCCACUUUUCAUACAAGGAACUAAAGAUCAAGUAUGAAAAUGAUGUCAAGGAAUUGCAGCAGCAGGCUGAAACAUACAAGCAUAUUAUAAAGCAGAGGGAAACUGAUCUUUCAGAAAGAGAAGAGAAAGAAAAGCUUAUCGAGGCUGAGUUGGAGAAAUUUAAAGAUUUCUACCUGGAGCAAAACAACCGGUAUGAAACUGAUGUCACUGCACUAAAACAACAAGCAGAAAAAUACCAACAGGAGAUGAGUUGCAUAAAAGAGGAGUUGAGAAAAGCAAAAGAGGAUCAACUGCUUCAAGACAGAGAAGAUAAAAACAACACCACCGUUUUAAAAGAGGAGGAAGAUUCACAGAACCUGGUCGGCCUGAUUAAAGAUACAAAACAAGAGGUUUCUUCUGAGAAGGAAUUCUUAGCAGAAUCUUUGCCUGGUUGUUCAACGGAUCUGGAACCCGAAGAGACCGAGACCACAGGAGAAACCAUCCUGGAGGAUUUGGAUAAUAAAGCUAUGGAUGGUAAAAAGAAAAAAUCUAAAUUUUCAAUUUGGAAGAAAAUAUGUAGCUCUCUGGGGUUCAAGAAGCCAAAAAAGUGAAGGUAAUAAAACUCAGAUCUAAUGUUCUUGAUUUUGACUAGAGAAAAGAUGGAGGUUGUUGCCUGUCUGAAUGGGGCGCCCUGCGACCCUCCGUCAAGAGGAAAUUUAAAACUUCAAGUCCCCCCACCUCCUCCAUUAACAACUAGAAAAUAGAUCCCUUCCCAACCCAAUUGGAAAAAACGUGGGCAACACGGUGGUGCAGCGGCUAGCGCUGCACCUUCACAGAGGCAGUCUGUGUGGAGUUUGCAUGUUCUC